AAACGUAACAUAUCUUAUCGCACCACAUGACGCAUUCACAGGGCCACUAAGAAUUGCUAUGUCCCCAUCUAGCAUGCUGGGGACAAAGAAUAGAUGUGAAUAUUUACCUUGUGACAAAAUAUGAGAACACAGAAGGAUGUAAGGAUCCUCGUAUUGUUUUUUGCCGUGUUGGGUGUAGGGGCAGGGGGUGUGAGUGGUGCUUUCGAUAGUCUGACGUCACGAUACCUGUGCAAGUUACAAUGUUCGACUUUACUCGCCGACAGUCCAAAUAUUUAUUCUCGCUACUCUUCACUUUGUACACAACCAAAUCAACAGUUUUCUUUUGGGUGUCAGGACCUGGGAUGCGCUGGGUCCUGCGAUUCCAUAAUACUGAUUAUUCAUAAUGUUAAUAAAUCCGCCAGUUUUCCACUACUCAGUGCCCGCUACAUCAAUAAAACCGAAAUAUUGCUCACGUGGUCCUCUCCGCCCACUCCAUAUUACACAAGAUACCUACUCCAGUAUCGAAGUUACCAGAAAUGGACAUUUGUAACCGAGGGUCCUGAAAUGAACUACACCUACCACAAUCCCAAUCCCUGCAGCCCGCAGCAGUUCCGUGUGAUCGCAGUCAAUCAGUACGGGACCAAAGGAUUCUCCAACUCUCUGACCGUGUCCGCCCCAGCACCACCUUCUGCCCCACAGAACCCACAAUUGAUGGAGGACGCCAUGUUCUACAACCCCCAUUCAAAAGAGUUCGCUGGUGUCUUACAGGUGGAGGGAAUCCAAGAAUGGAAACAAGAGGAUAUUGACUAUUACCAAUGGAACAAGCUGCCUACCAUUUACUGUAAAAACAUCAACAGUUUUGUAGUGCCAAUACUCGAUGGGUUAUCCUCUAGAGAUGCCGAUGUCGGUACACUCCACAGGAUGGGAAUCCGAAUCCAUUUAGACGGAUUUGACUGUGUUUACACUAUACAGGUACGCGCUGUUUCCAAAUGUGGAGUACCAGGACCGUACAGUAACAUCACCAUCGAUUUAACUGAUUGCUCCAAAAUCCGUAACUUUAACUGUCAAGCAUGGAGAAACAGGAUAUUCAAUAAACCUGGAAAUGUUGAAAACGUCACCCUGACAAUGGAUCUACACCACCCACACAUCUGGUUAAAAGUCGACUGGGAAAAACCUACGGAUAUGGGUUCUAUGGGGGUGAUAUCGCACUACGUCAUGAGGUGGGGAAAAGUCCGGCUCCCAAUAUUUGAACUGGAACAACCGGAGUUCACACACGAUCCUUUCAAUACAACGUUACCAAAUAAUAUCGUUGAAUUUGGAAUUCAAGUUCAAGAGGAACCUCACACAAGUUAUGGAUUUCAGAUUAUGCCGAUUGCACCCACUCAAGUCUUGAGGCCUAGUGAAUAUGAUAUGUAUCAGAUUUUUGAUAUUACCCUUAAAAAUCGCACAUCGUGUCAAAACAAUAACAUACCAGCAUCUCGAAUAUCUUGUGACGAAGACGGUGUGACAGUCGUCCACUUCAGCAACACCCUGGACAUCACUGUCAUCUGGCGCGUGUCAGGUCACUCCAAACGGGAAACAGACGACAAACAAGGCUUCGACGACAAGGAGUUCUAUGAAAAGUAUGCCAUACAAUUAGGGGAAGUGAAACACGUCCCGCCACCUGUCGGUCUACAACUUGUCAAAGCUAAUGUAACCGUUGUGGAAUCUGUUUGUGAAGAGCGACGUCCUUCAUUCACGCUAUGUAUUCCUGAACGGGACACCAUACAAUACAAAAAUCUACAACCAGAGGUUCUCUAUGGAAUCAGGGUCAUUGGAUUGAAGAAGUCGGAGGCACUGCCUACAGAAAAACGAUGGAGAAUGAAGAAAGUACACACAUUUGUUUUAAACAAAACGACAGAAGUAUUGAACACAACAUUAUCAACAGCUAUAUCGAGAGAUCACGUAGACUACAUAUUGGUCAUAGUUGGUGUGCCAAUAGCCCUGUUAGUUGUUCUCCUCCUGUUGUGCUGUAUACUGAGGAGGCGAAAAAAGAGGGAACUGUCCUCUCUUGACAGCCAUUUGUUGUUCGGCGAAGCUUCCCCCGACAACCCUUACAACCAGAUAGAAAGGGCAAUGCGUACAGCAACUACUCUAACAGUUGUUGCAGACAAAUGGGAGAUACCACAUGACUGCGUGCGCAUCGGCCGCAUGUUAGGAAGCGGUGCGUUCGGUUAUGUCGUCAAAGGCCGUAUCAACAGAAGCAUAUUAAGGCACAGGGGUAUAAAAGAACCGUUUGUUGCAGACAGAAAGAAUAUGUAUGUGUCUGUGGCAGUUAAGUUAAUACAAGAGGAGGCGUCAGAAACAAAAAAGGAAGAAUUCUUAAGAGAAAUCCGGUUAAUGAAGGGGAUCGGAUAUCACAAUAAUGUUAUAAGUAUGUUGGGCUGUUGUACGCUGCAUGAUCCAAUAUGUUUGAUAGUAGAGCAUGCAACUCAUGGCGACCUACUGUCUUAUCUUAGAAAUAUCAGGCAACGAAUCCAACAGAGUAAGAUCAACGCAGAAUAUGUUAAUCAGGAAAUUGAAACAGUGAGUCCUCAGGAGCUGUUAUCGUUUGCCAGACAGAUCUCCACUGGAAUGGAAUUCCUCUCCCAGAAAGGUUUCAUUCAUCGUGACUUGGCAGCAAGAAACAUAUUGGUGGACAAGAAAAAUCUGGUGAAAAUCGGCGAUUUUGGUCUCACGCGUUACACGUACGACAACAAAGUUUACGUUAACCGGAAGGGUGGUCGUCUGCCCCUCAAGUGGAUGUCAAUUGAAGCCAUCAACGAACUGACAUUUUCUUCUGCCAGCGAUGUGUGGUCCUUUGGUGUCUUACUAUUUGAAAUUGUCACCCUUGGUGGGACACCAUACCCAACUAUCGACACCCGAGAAUUGCUGCGAGAAUUGAAGAACGGAUAUAGGAUGGAAAAACCGGAGAACUGUUCCGAGGAAAUUUACCAAAUCAUGCGUUCGUGUUGGCGAGAGGACCCGGCCAGCAGACCGAGUUUUACCGAGCUCCGCCUGACUUUUGAUUCAUUGUUAGAGAAAAGUUGUGGUGAACAUUACGUUAAUUUUGAGCUUGACGACAGCAAACUUUACUAUCAUCUUCACGACGACCUCAACAGUCAAAAUACUGCAACAGCUUCAAUAUCUCCCUCGGACAUUGAGUGCUUCGAUAAAUUUGAGGGAACGCAUGAAACAGACAGAUAUCCUGACGUCAUAAAUCACGUAGAAGAUGUCUGUACUUCGGAGAAACGGAUUCCCGAAAACAAAGUGUCUAGUCUUGAGUUUUCAGAAAUCCAAGAUACUGAGGUUUCGACAAGGACAGGUAGUGUCAAGUCUACAUUUGAUGUAUCUUGUUUUCCAAAUUCUAGAACUGUGACAUUUUGCAAAGACUCUUUAGAAACGGUUCCAGUUCGAAAGAGAGUACGACUAGGCUCGCCACAUACCAAUAAAAAAUAUUCAACAAUAGCAACAACCAAACUUAAUACAGACAUUCCACGACAAUAUAGACACGAUCCCCUGACCUCGAAAGCCAGCUAUAGUCCUGACCUUGAAAGUUUACCAAGAAGCAGUGUCAUCGACUGCGAUGCAGAUGAAAGUAGCAUUGGUAGUUUAUGCUCAAAAUGUUCUACGUCAUCAAAUGGUGAUGAUGAUGUAUUUUACUCAGAUAGUAGCAACAUUACAAGAGAAGGACCAAAUAACCCAUAUAAGCUUUCUGGAAGACCAAAUUUGUAUCGUCAAAGGGCCAGAACCGCCCCAGGCUUUACCACCUCGUUUUUAUCCGACGAUCUUCAAAACGACUCUGGUGUGUCCACAUCCAGCGUUAAUGAUGACAACAGAUUUUUCGUAUUUCCGUCGAUCAGUAAUCGUCUUUCAAAGACUGAAAAAGAGGAAUGUCAAGCUGAAACUACUUCGAGCGACAUUGAGGUUAAAAGCUUGUCACAUGAUCUCGGAAUGUCCACGGACACCUGUGUUUGGGACAGCGACGAACAGACUUUGGACACAUACGUUUAGGACACCUUCAAAACUCUUUCUUAAAACAAACAAAUUUUCUAUAGUAAAUGGCAUUUUAUGAUAUUGGAUUUUAUUUGAAUAUAAAGUGUAUUGGUUUUCCGAAA